GUUUCCUUCCCUUUGCUUCAUUUGAUCGCCAGAAAGCGCAUGAACGUGAGCAGACACAAAAAACAGGCAAUGUGUUUCGUACUGAAAGCAAGAAUCCUAGCAAUUUGGAUGUUAACAGCGACCCUUUCCAGCAGUUUAAUAGCCUUCGGCUUGGCUGCGGAUGGGGACCGGAGCGUGGAAGAACUUGCAGAGUUGAAUCUGGAAAACCAAGCUGGGUCCAAAGGAGAAGGCACCGUCUACCUCGAGAUACGGGGUGUGGCGGAUGCCGGUGGGUCGGCAGGGUCGUCGCUCAGACACAGACCACAGACCGACACAAGCAGUCCAUCUGCAGAGACAACUCAAAGCGUUUGGACCACUCGAGCUGAGAACGCCAGCCUUGAGGAGCCCUCACUCCCACAGAUGGUGUUCAGCUCAGAGGUCUGGCCGCAGAGAAACACAUCCUCACAGAAGAACCGCACACUAGGUCGGUCACUGAAGGCCCCUGAGAAAGUAAGACCGCAGCAAGGAGCUGUAGCUUUAGACGGAUCUGAGGGUAAAAAGGAGGAUGGAAAACUAAAUGAUCCUUCCUUCAUUGCUCAAGAGUGGUUAAAAAUGAGGCCUCUAGUGCGUUGUUCUAGAGAUGCUAUGACCCUAACAGCUACAGGAAGGGGCUACACUCACUUUCUGGUGGACAGAGUGGAUGCAACCCCUGUGUCUGUGCUUCAUCUGCCACCAAACUGUGGCUUCUCUUUGAAGACCUCAGGGAGACACAUGGAACUUACAGCUCUAUUUGAAGGGUGCUAUGUCUUACAAGAGAAUGGAAGUUAUGUGUUGCCACUGCUGUGGUGGGGAAAGCCAGUGAAGAUUCACUGUCCUAUGAGCUCUUCUCAUCAGGGUACUCCUUCUGGCUUCUGCUUGACUUUUGGCAUGGUUAUAAAGAUGAAACAUGCCCAGGGGGCUAUAGAGGACCAUAAGGUCCAAGUGAAUGGCGAGUGGCUUCCUCUUUUGUCUGAUGCAUGUGCAUGCCGUGUGGAGUCACCAUUUGAAGAACUAGUCCUCUUCAUUCCUUUCACAGCUCCAUGCGCUAGGGAUGGAGGAAGCACCCUCAAUGUCCUUUUGAAUGGAAAAGAGUUUACACUCUCCUGUCUACCUCCCCUCCACCUCCCCCACUAUCCUUCUGCUGAGUUUUUUCAACCACUUCAUCCAGGUCAGACGGAGACCCGUUUUACCCCAUCUGGACCAAAUCCCCCAUUCAGCUCACUUCUAAUGAAACGAGAGACCCCUGAACCACAUGUGGUGCCUCAUCAACUUUAUCCACAGCCUUAUAUACCACAUCUUUCUCCUGGGUUUUUCCUGGUCAAAUACCCUAAUACCCAUGUGAUGGGUCCAGACUUUGCUUUUGGGAUGCCCAUCAUGCGGCAACCCUAUGGCUUUACUGACCCAGUGCUGCCGUUUCCUCAAGCAGCACCACCUGUUGAUGCCCCAGGAACCCCCAUAUAUCAGUACUCUCUUAUACCAUUAUAUCAUGAACCUGACAUGGCUGGAACUGCAACUACAUCACCAAAAGCUACUAUUCCACUUUUUCCAUCUUCUGUUGGGCAUAACCCAAUGAUGCCCAUGAUGUACUCUCAUCAUAACCACAAGCUUUACCCCAUGCAUCUCUACCUGAACCCCGCUUACCAUCCUUUCAGUCAGUCAGAACCAGUGCUGCCAAGUCCAGUCCCAAAAUUUACUACUGCUGCAAUUUCAGUACCAAAACACAUUUCAAAGCAUCCUGUGGUUCCCACACCUCUAGAACACAAAGUUCCUCAACUUCCAUCUAGAGUUCCAGAGCUCCCAGUGGCUUCUUCCAAGAUGGUGCCAUCCCUUACUUGCAUUGGGAAUCGUUUGGCAGCAGCCUUGCCAUCUGCAAAAAUGGAGUCUGUUAAAGUCAAAGAUGCGAAGAGGAAUAUGUGGGUACCGGUGUCCUCUGCUCCAGCACGCUGUGGGUAUUCACUGCAACGUAAAGGCAGGGGGGUGGUAUUAUCCUCCCCUCUACCUGCCUGCCACUCGCGUAAUCUGUCCUCUUCACUGUUCUCUCUUUCACUGAAAUUCUGGGAUAUUAUCCAGUUGAAACACCGUGUUUUGCAACUCCGCUGUCUCACCACUGAACCUCAGGAAUCACCUCCCACAACAGCAGAGUCACUUGCUCCCUGGACGUGGGACACAGCCAGUACCGUGCCUAAACCUAAGCAGUCAUUUUCACAAGCUAAGCCUGUGACUUCACCUUCCCAGCUUCAGAAACCUACACUGUUCUCGUCGCCCAAACCUACAGCACUAUCUUCGAAACCCUUCGUCCCCCGAAUCCUGUGUCGCUCUCAACAUAUGAGCAUAAUACUGUCUUCUCGAGCCAUUACAGGCCUGACUGUUCAAGCUCCCUCUGGUGGCAAAGGAGAGAAUAUGAAAGCAGUGCCAAUAGACGAAGCUCCGCAUCAUUGUGGAUAUUUGGUGAAGGAGGACCAACAUGGAUUUAUUACGAUCUUCCUGCCCUACAAAUCCUGUCACAUGAUUUAUCAGGAUGGACAGUACCAGAUUAUGCUUAAAUAUCAGUCUGCGGACGGUCUUGGAGUUGAGGCCUUGCUGUCGUGCCAAGUUCCAACAGGUUAUGAAUGCAGUCUGCCUGUUCAACUCCAGUUAGCCUGUGGGCCCAGCUCAGUUUCAGCAGUAGAAUGCCAUGGCCUGGGCUGCUGUUACUCCUCUGAUACUGCUUUCUGCUACUACCCCAUGGACGAGUGCACAGCCGACCGUCAUUUUGUCUUCUCCAUCCCUGCGUCCCUCACGGACCCUCCCCUCUCACCUGCCCUCCUGGUUGCUGCUGGCAACAGCUCCUGCACACCGCAAAGGGUGGUGGCAGACUCUGCCCUGUUUAAGGUCCCAUUGGAUGGAUGUGGUGCUCAUAGAUAUGAAGUGGGUAAGACUGUGAUCUACAUGCUGGAGAUUCUGAACAUGGUGCAGUCCCUCAGCCUCAACCAUGGAACCAUCACCAGAGAUUCACCGUUCAGGUUGCUGGUUGAAUGUCGGUAUCUGCCUGGCACCCUGGCAAGUGUGAGUUAUCUGGUAAAGAGUCCAUCUCUUGGACCAUCCAUUCAGGCUCAAGGGGUUUUUGGAGUCCAGCUCAGGAUUGCUGAAGAUCAGUAUUACAGUCGCUACUACCCACAAUACCACCGGCCCCUGCAGAAGCUUCUAGGAAAACCCCUUUAUCUAGAAGUGCGUCUGCUGAACCCUCCAGAUCCCAGUGUGGUACUUUUGGUGCAUUACUGUGUGGCUUACCCACGCUCAGCACAGUCUGCAUGGGUCCUCAUCUAUGACGGGUGUCCAAACCCCCUUGAUGUGACUCCAACCCAUGAGCCCCCUGCCCCUCCUCCAAAGGCAGUGGCCAGCCAUGUUAGACGAUUCACUGUCAGCACUUUCCAGUUCCUGGAAAGCAGUAAGGCACUUUUGGAGCCUGAUGAGGAGGAGAAAGAAGAGAUUUAUUUCAUGUGUGCCACUGAGGUGUGUUUGCCCUCUGAAGGACCAUGCAUAGAAGGUUGCUUUAACUAUGACGAUGCUCCUGCAGUGAAGUCCUGAGGAUGGCUAUGCUGAAAACCAUGCACAACAAUAAAUAAAUGUCUUCAACCUUUAA